GGGCGCGGGAGGCGGCGCGAGGCUGAGCCGGCCAUGCCCGCGCGGCGCGGCCCGCAGCCCCGCCGGCCCCGCCGGGCCUCGACCCGUGGGGGCCGCGCCGAGGCGGCCUGGAGGGAGUUCGCCGCCUCCUUCGCCCGCGCCGGCAUGGUGCCGCCGGGCGAGCCGGGGCUGGCGGCCGUGGAGGCGGCGGAGGGCGCCGCGGUCCUGCUGCUGGCUCCGCGGCAGGCGCUGACCUUCACGGGCAAGUGCCGCCUGCGCUGCCUCUACGGCGCCGUCCGCCUGCUGGGCUUCGCCGUGGCCUCGCACCAGCCGGGGCUGCCCGUCCACUCGCCGGCCACGCACUGCGCGCUCACGCUGCAGGCGCUGCCCGCGGACCGCCCGCCCGCCGACCCGCGCCAGCUCCGCGCCGCCGCCCGCGCCGCCCUGCGCGCCUGCUGCGUCCGCCGCCAGGCGCGGGUGAAGGUGAUGGCGCAGUUCUCGCCAGAGUGCGCCGUGGUGCUGCUGGAGCACCUGGACACGCCGGUGACGCGGUUCCUGCUGAGCCACCCGCCACUGGCGCGGUUCCUUGAGCCGCAGAAAAAGGAAGAUCCCAACUUCACACCAGAAGAUGCUGUCCUGGCAUCUGUUGGCAUUGUGAAGUGUAGCCCCGACCAUGGGCUGCAGGUGUCGGAGAGCAUGGCCCUGGCCCUGGAGGAGCUGAUCCAAGCGUGCUGCGCGGAAGACGAAGGUGUCCCUGUGGUGCUGGUGUGUGGCCCAAAAAACACUGGGAAAUCAACAUUUAACAGAUACUUGAUUAAUCUGUUACUGAAUCGCCUUCCCUCGGUUGAGUACAUGGAAUGUGACAUAGGUCAAACGGAAUUUACACCUCCUGGGUGCGUGUCUCUAAGUAACGUAACGGAGCCAAUUCUCGGUCCACCCUUCACUCAUCAACAAAUGCCACGUAAGAUGGUGUAUUAUGGACAGACUAGUUGUGAGCAGGACACAGAAAGAUACCUUGAUGUCGUGAAGUAUGUGUUCAGCUCCUACAAGAAGGAAGUGCCUUUAGUCAUCAACACCAUGGGCUGGGUGAAAGGUGAGGGUUUGCUGCUUCUGAUUGAUAUCAUUCGGCUGUUGUCACCCAGUCACAUUGUGCAGAUGGAUGUGUAUGAGUGGAAAGCCAUGGCCCCGCUCACCCCAGAGCACGUUCACCUCACUGCUGGCCUGUACACCAAAGGCAAACAGCAAGGCAAGCACAAGCAGAUGGGUGUGGGUGGAGCAGAGAACUGGACGUCCUCUGAAGAGGAGGGAGAUGCCUCAGCUCCUGAGUACAAGCUGCUGUAUGUCCACCCAGAAUUUCCUCGAGCAGGGGUUGCAGGUGAAGUGCGAGUGCACAGUAGCAUCCUGCGUGACAUGUCCAUCCUGGGCUACCUGGGCCAGCUGCAGUCCCCAGACAUAGGGGCAGUGAUUCCGCUGCACGGUCUUGUGCCCUAUCAGGUGCCUUUCAGUGCUGUAGCACUCAGGGUUAUCCACACAGAUGUUGCUCCUUCCAACAUCAUGUAUGCAGUGAAUGCCAGCUGGGUUGGGCUCUGCAGGAUUCCCGAUGAAAUCAGAUGCCAGACAGAUGGGCCGGUCCUGCUGACACAGACACCGGUCUGUGAUUGCCUCGGCUUCGGAAUUGUCCGAGGGGUUGAGAUGGAGAAGAAGCUUUACCACAUUCUGACACCAGUGCCUCCGGAGAACCUGAGACUAGUGAAUUGUCUGCUCCUUGGAAAUAUUGCUAUCCCAAACUGUGUUCUUGUGGGCCAGCAAGGAGUUGAGGGAGAGAUUCCCUAUGUCACAUCUGAUUAUAACUAUAGCAUCUUGGGAUCUGGGAAGCUGAAAAAGAAGAAGCAAUCCAAGAGAAGGCAGUACACCUUCGAGUGUGAUUAUGCCUAAGACUUGGGGACCUUGGACCAUGGGAUUUGUUUCAUGUGGAGACUGGCACAGGCCAGGUGUGAUCACAGAAGCCCUGGGUACAACAGCUCAGAGACUCUGGGCAGGUGUCUGGUGUACAUACUAGAGCAUGUCUGUUUUUGAUAAUGUUUUAUAUUUUCAGUUUGUAUUUUGGUGUUUUGUAAUAAAUAUCUAUUAAAAACGUU